AAUUUGUCGCUGUUGAAGAGUGGCUCCUUGAUUCCCAGACCCUUGCGGUUUUAGGAACCCAGUCGGUGAAAUCCUCUACCUCGGCCGAGAAACAGUGCCUACUGCCUCAUCGAGAGCGAGCUCUCCAUUGCUAUGGAUACCGAAUCCACGUAUUCUGGAUAUUCGUACUAUUCCAGUCAUUCGAAAAAGUCUCACAGACAAGGUGAAAGAAAUAGAGAGAGACACAAGUCACCCCGGAGUAAAGAUGGCCGAGGGUCAGAAAGAGCCGUCACCAUCCAGGCUCCCACCGGAGAACCCCUGUUGGCAAAUGAUUCCACCCGGACGGAGGAAGUUCAGGAUGACAACUGGGGAGAGACCACCACGGCCAUCACAGGCACCUCGGAGCACAGCAUAUCACAGGAGGACAUUGCCAGGAUCAGCAAGGACAUGGAGGACAGUGUGGGACUGGACUGUAAGCGCUACCUGGGCCUCACCGUCGCUGCGGUGCUUGGACUUCUAGUUUUCCUCACCCCCGUCGCCUUCAUCCUGUUACCCCCCAUCCUGUGGCGGGACGAGCUGGAGCCCUGCGGCACCAUCUGCGAGGGACUCUUCAUCUCCGUGGCCUUCAAACUCGUCAUUCUGCUCAUCGGGACCUGGGCACUCUUCUUCCGAAAGCAGAGAGCUGACAUGCCACGGGUGUUUGUGUUCCGUGCCCUUUUGUUGGUCCUCAUCUUUCUCUUUGUGGUUUCCUAUUGGCUUUUUUACGGGGUCCGAAUUCUGGACUCUCGGGACCGGAACUACCAGGGCAUUGUGCAAUACGCAGUCUCGCUUGUGGAUGCGCUCCUCUUCAUCCACUACCUGGCCAUCGUCCUGCUGGAGCUCAGGCAGCUGCAGCCCACGUUCACGCUGCAGGUGGUCCGCUCCACCGACGGCGAGUCCCGCUUCUACAGCUUGGGACACCUCAGUAUCCAGCGAGCAGCAUUGGUGGUUCUGGAAAAUUACUAUAAAGAUUUCACCAUCUAUAAUCCCAAUCUCCUAACAGCCUCCAAAUUCCGAGCUGCCAAGCACAUGGCGGGGCUGAAAGUCUACAACGUAGAUGGCCCCAGUAACAAUGCCACCGGCCAGUCCCGGGCCAUGAUCGCCGCAGCGGCUCGGCGCAGGGACUCCAGCCACAACGAGCUGUAUUACGAGGAGGCGGAACAUGAGCGGCGGGUAAAGAAGCGGAGAGCAAGGCUGGUGGUCGCGGUGGAGGAGGCCUUCAUUCACAUCCAGCGUCUCCAGGCCGAGGAGCAGCAGAAGACCCCGGGGGAGGUGAUGGACCCCAGGGAGGCUGCGCAAGCCAUCUUCCCGUCCAUGGCCCGGGCCCUGCAGAAGUACCUGCGCACCACGCGGCAGCAGCACUACCACAGCAUGGAGAGCAUCCUGCAGCACCUGGCCUUCUGCAUCACCCACAGCAUGACCCCGAAGGCCUUUCUGGAGCGGUACCUCCGCGCGGGCCCCACGCUGCAGUAUGACAAGGAGCGCUGGCUGUCCACACAGUGGCGACUCAUCAGUGACGAGGCCGUGACGAACGGAUUGCGGGAUGGACUCGUUUUCGUCCUGAAAUGCUUGGACUUCAGCCUCGUCAUCAAUGUGAAGAAAAUCCCCUUCAUCGUGCUCUCGGAAGAGUUCGUAGACCCCAAAUCUCACAAAUUUGUCCUCCGCUUACAGUCUGAGACGUCGGUUUAA